UUAGUUAAAAAAUAUAGGCUAUUAUCAUUAUAAACGUAUUUAAUAAAUCAAAUAUUCGUGAUUUAACAUAAAAUUUUGAAGAUGAACAUUGGAUUGUUAGUCUUAAUUUUUUUUACUAAAAGUUAUUCUUUUGAAGAUGGACUUGUUGAUUGUAAAAUAAAUGAUUUAGAUUUAAAAAAAGAGUAUAUAACAUAUUUCAAAAAAGUAACGAAUCACAUCCAAGUGCAAUUACAACAUUUAAAUCUAGAACACAUAUCAAUAAGGAUUGAAAAUGAUAAAAUUAUAAGCAUACAAGAUUAUAAACAAAAAAAAUUCAAUGGUGUUCAAAAAACAAUAAAAAUAUAUUUUAAUAUAGUUGAUUUAAUUAACUAUUUAUUUGUUGAUGUACUACAAAAAUUUACUGAACAUCUAAAAAUUAUUAUAGAUAAUUGUAAACAUUUUUUUGAAGAAAAUUCAUUUGAAAAUGCAAUUUAUUGCACUGUAGUACUUUUAAAUGCAGCUAAAAAUUCAAAUAUGAUGUUUGAAUAUUUAUACAAGGCUAUAUCAUUUAUUGAUCACAUAGAUACAAAAUUAGUAUUGAGCAAUUCAUUAUAUUAUUCAAACACGGUGAUAGAAGAAAUUUAUAGCGUUAAACAUUAUACGUAUCAAAUGAAAACCCCAGAAAUAAUGAACUAUGUAAAUAAUGACGGAAGCAUCAAAAUUAAAGAAGUUAAAGAAGAUUACAAUGAUAUAAAUAAUUUUGUUGAUGAAGUAGUUGCCAUUACACGUGAAUUUUUUAAAAAUAAUGUAACUAUUAUAAAUAGUGCAAAUGAUAUAAAUAUACGAGAAAAGUACUAUUGUGAAUACUAUUCCAAUAAUUGUAAUAUGAAACUUGUUGAUUUUAUUAGUGAAAAGUUAAAAAAUUAUUAUUUACAAACAAUAACUGACUAUUAUUUAAAAAUUGGUUUCCAUGAAUUACUUCAUCCUAGUACAACUGAGCUCACACCCCCUCAAAAAUACAACUUGACUCAAAAAAAAGCAAUCCAAACACUAAAUAUUUUGUUCCGUGAAAUUAGACAUUGGAAGCUAUUAAAUCAUAUAAAAAUAAUAAUUGAUGAUGAAAUAAUCACUACUGAUCGAAUUAUUAGAGACACUGUAGAUAAUUUUAAUUUUAAUAAAAAAAAGAAAUGUUUUACACAGCUAAUAAGGUGCAGAUAUACUGAAGUGUUAAAGAAUUAUAACACGUAUAUGUCUGCUAUUAUAAAAAUAUGCAGAAUCGAAAAGAGUCAAUACAAUUUAGAUUGCUAUGUAGAUUGCAUUAUAAAUUUUCUUGAUGCGGUUAAAAAUUCAAAAGAAAUGUUUAAAAACAUGUUGUUAGCUUUAGACAUAUUAAAAGCUGAAACAAUUUGGAAUAUGACGAUUAAUAAAUAUUCAUCAUUAUCAUAUACCUAUAAUUUAUUGAAUAAUUUUUUCCCCAAAAUUGAACAGCUUACUUUAACGAAGAAUGAUUUUUUAAAUUUAUCUGUCAAUGAAGUAAUAUUAAAAGCCCGUACAUUUUUGUUAGAUUUUUCUACAGCACGAAAUCUCUUUAGUCAAGGAAUAAGUGACCUAAGUUAUUUUAUCAAUGUACAGUGCUUUUUUGAUAUUGUAGAAAAAAAUCAAUUAAUAGAAUCAUGGGAGACUGAAGUUCUAUCAUUGAAUAAUAACAUUACAGGAAGUCCAAUACUUUUGUAUGAAUAUGCAUUGGGACAAUUUAGGAUAUUUUAUGGUGUUGCUAUUACAAGUGAAUAUAAUUGUUUAGGGUUCAAUAAAAUAGAUAGUAGUAAUUAAUAAAAAUUGUGUAUUUUAAUUUAAUUUUAAAUAAAUAGAUUUGAUAAAACAUUUACAGGGAAUUGUAUUGUUUCAGAAUUCAUGUAGUAAUAUUUAAAUCGAAUUUUUAAUAUUUGUCAUGGUAAUAAUUUUUAGCAGAUAAAUUGAUCAUAAAUCAUGUGAAAUGGAAUCAGAUUGCUUUUGUU